AUGCCCGUUCUGCACUCCGUGCUGUGGGAAACUCCGUGGCUGCCCGUUAGCCGUCAAGAUUACUUCCGUCCUGACGGCCGGUACCUCUUCAUAACGGGCUCACGCGACUACUGCGCUGGAGUGAAGCAUUUCCACCUCAGCCUGACGUGUCUGAUCGCAGAGGCGGCGUAUCUGAACCGUACACUGAUUCUGGACAUGACUCAGUGCGUGAACGCGUGGCACAGUGGAGGCAUGCACCACAUCAGAUCCAUCCACGUGUACUAUGACCUGGACUCGCUCAGAACCGUGCCCUUCACGCCGCUACAGGGUUUUCUGAGGGGGGCGCGCGAGUGGCAGGUGCAGGAGAGGCGGGCGGGGCGAGAGGGGGCCAUCCGCGCGCGUGUGGUGGAUGAAAGGGCGCCCAUGGCCGCACUGGCCGCGGAUGGAGCUACUCCCCUGGUUGUCCGCGAAACCAACUACGGGUUCAGCACGUGCAAGCGCCAGGACACCCCGGCAGGGGUGAGCGAGACGGCCAUUCGGUUUCGCCCGGAGCUGCUGGCGCUGGCAGCAAACAUCUCUGCCUCCAUGAAUGGAGGCGACUUUGAUGCCGUGCAUGUGAGGCGCGGCGACAAGCUGCGCCCAGAGUUCUGGCCGCACCUCGACCACGACACACGUCCCGACGCUUUACUGGAGAAGCUUCCCAGGUUCGUUGCACCGGGACGCACUCUGUACAUUGCGACGAAUGAGAAAACGCCAGGGUUCUUUGACCCGUUGAAGGCGAUCUACACCAUCCGGAUGUUCCAAGAUUUCCAUUAUCUCUGGGCUCCUGGCACACCCUGGUAUGAUGGGUAUACACGUCUACUUGGACCGGACCCAAAAAUGGAUGCAUACAUGGAG